AUGGCGGCCGAGAAUUCUUCAAACGGUAUCGACGUCGACGCUUAUGAUGUCAUGUCGGUUUCGCCGGAGAUGCUGCUGCUGGCGCCUGGCGGCGCCGUUAUCUCCAAGUUUACCUCCCAUGUGACAUAUACAAUCGAUGCGACGAGAGGUUUGGCUUAUCUCUCCGGCAACAUCAGCCCUGAGAUCAUUCUUAGGUUUCGAAAAGCGAAGAAACAUGCUGAGUUAAUCCACUUGGAUUAUGGUCACGUUAAUCCUCCUCCCCACAAUCCUGCAAACCCAUUUGAAAUCGUACCUAUUACUUACAACUAUCCAGAUCCACGGCUAACGUCUCCCUAUCCAUCGCCGAUGUAUCAGCCGACGGCGCCAGUGGCUCCUAUGACGCAGUACAUGUACUACCGUCAAAAUCCCUAUAUGGAACAACCUCCUGUGGCGUCUCCGUAUUACCAUUAUCCGUAUUACGCACCGGAGAUGAUGUAUUCUCCGCCGCCGCAGCUACCGACGCGAGACGGCGUUACCGGCGAGCAACAGUGCCGGAUAAUGUGA